AUAUUAUUAUUUGUCAUCGGAAUGGUGGGGUGAACCCUUAUUAUUCUUCUUGUUCCAUUAAUAGCCGUUCUCUUCCAAGUUGUAAUACAGAAGAAGCUUAUUGAUUGGUAAUGGAGGUCGUUUGCCCAAUUGAUGCCCAGUUUGCUCACGAAAUCUCUCUUCUCCUCGAACCACCUUCACCUCUACAAGUCCAGGAGUAUUUCGAUCAACUUGCAACAACCAAACACUUUGACGGAAUUCAAGUCAAACCGACCAACGACUAUGGAAAAGGUGUUUAUGCUGACAUGGACUUUGAGGAAGAGGACCUUGUUUUGAAGGAUCAGAUGCUAGUUGGUAUGCAGCAUUCAUCAAAUAAGAUAGAUUGUCUUGUAUGCGGUUGCUGCUUCCGUUUUAUUGGAUCAAUAGAAAUUCAAAUCGGAAGGAAGCUGUAUCUGCAGGGUUUAGGCAGCCCAAAAGAUGAUAGCUUUAAUGAAAAGUUGGAAUUAUUAAUGCAUGAGAAAUUGGAAUUGCCUCACUCAAAGAAAUUUCCAUUGCCUGGGGUUAUAAAUUGCCCCGGUGGAUGUAAAGAAGUUUACUACUGUAGCAAAUCUUGUGCACAGGCUGAUUGGGAUUUCUGCCAUUCUUUACUUUGUACUGGAGAGGGAUCCAAAUCAUUAAGCAAUAAGGCACUUUCUAAAUUCAUACAACAUGCCAAUGAGACAAAUGAUAUUUUCAUCCUUGCUGCCAAGGCGAUUUCUUGUACGAUCUUAAAAUACAGGAAGCUGAAAGCAGCAUGUGAUAAAGAGAAACAGAAAGAGAAAGAGAAGAAUCACCUUUCUCACGUCCACAAUUUUAGUCUUCUUUUGAAGGGUUGGGAGCCUUUAUCAAUGGGAUACAAGAGGAGAUGGUGGGAUUGCAUUGCUUUGCCGGAUGAUGUUGAUGUUUCUGAUGAAGCUUCAUUUAGAAUGCAAAUCAAGCACUUGGCCUUUGAGUCACUGGAACUCUUGAAGGCGGCGAUAUUGGAUGAAGAAUGUUUGCCAUUGUUCUCCCUAGAAAUAUAUGGGAAUAUUAUUGGCAUGUAUGAGCUAAAUAAUCUUGAUUUGGUUGUAGCGUCUCCAGUGGAGGAUUACUUUUUGUACAUAGAUGAUCUACUGGAAGCUGAAAAGAAAGAAGUUGAUGAAACAACACAACCUUUUCUUGAUGCUCUUGGGGAGCACUAUUCAGUUUGUUGCCAAGGCACAGCAUUUUACCCUAUCCAGAGUUGUAUGAAUCAUUCAUGUUCUCCCAAUGCUAAGGCUUUUAAACGAGAGGAGGACAAAGAUGGGCAAGCCACCAUACUUGCAUGCAAACCUAUUACAAAGGGACAAGAGGUUACCAUAUCAUACAUAGAUGAAGACCUUGAACUGGAAGAGAGACGGGCAUUGCUUGCAGAUUAUGGUUUCAUAUGCAAAUGCGCGAGAUGUGUUGAAGAAGAGGCGGCACAGAAUUAGCAGCCCCUCAACCCGGAAAUGGCAGCAAAUUCCUUGUACCAUGUUUUCAAUAUUUGUGUUUCAGCAAUUUUGGCAGUUCUUUUUAUUGUCUUGUGUUUAAGCAAGGAAUGGAAAUCAUUUAGAAUGUCGCUUUAUCCAUUGUAAACUAUAAUUUAAAUCAAGAAAUGAUUAACAAGCUGACAUGGGAUCUGGCCCAUAGGCAUGAAUUGCGUUU